UCUGAAGCCGCAAUGGGAUCUGCUGAACUACGGACGGAAUUAGAAAAUCUCCUGAAAAGUCUGAAUAUUGACUUUGUUUCUGUGGAACAUCCGGAGCCACUUUAUUAGGAACACCUGUACGCCUGAUGGUUCAUGCGAUUAUCCAGUCAGCCAGUCGUGUGGCAGCAGCAGCACAAUGUAUAACACAAUGCAGACUCAGGUCAAGAGGUGGACACGUGGUCUUCUGCUGUUGAAGCCCGUCUGUCUCAGGUGCAUUCUGAGAUGCUUUUCUUCUCACCAUGAUUGUAGAGUGGUUAUUUGAGGUACCUUAGACUUCCUGUCAACUCAACUGGAACAAGUCUAACCAUUCUCCGCUCUUCUUCAUCACGUUUUCUGCCUGCAGACCAGCACCGCUCUGGAUCAACACCAGAGACUGCUGUGUGUGAAAACACUAGGAGUUCAGCAGUUUCUGAAAGACUCAAACGUCCUUGUCUGGAACCAACAAGCAAGCAUUGCGCCGAUGCUACACGAUUGGCUGAUUGAUUGGAGCACCACAUUAAUGUGCUGGUGUUCCUAAUAAAGUGGCUGCAUGUUAGGAAGGUGGGGUCAGAACACAGGGUCAGCCCCGAGGUCUUGCUCAAGGGCCCAACAGUCGCAGUUUGGCUGCACCGAGACUUGAAGCCCAACCCUCUGAUCAAGAGCCCAGAGCCUUAACUGUCAAGCCACCACUGCCCUGUGGGACCGUGGGAUGGUUCUUGGUGCCAGACAAGAAGGUUUUCACUGUGGAGGAAAUGAUGCCUCACGUGCAGCACCUGAACGGAGCCGUGACCAAAAACCUCUUCCUAAAGGACAAGAAGAAGAAAAGCCUGUGGCUCGUCUCGGUGCGUCACAACCGGCAGGUCAACCUGAACGACCUGGCCAAGAAGCUGGGUGUGGGCAGCGGGAACCUGCGCUUUGCGGACGAGGCGGCCAUGUUGGAGAAGCUCAGGGUGGGUCAGGGCUGCGCCACGGCUCUCGCGCUCUUCUGCGACAAGGACCAGAGCGUGAGGUUCGUCCUGGACAGCGAUUUAGCCGACGGGGGCCACGAGAGAGUUUACUUCCACCCCAUGACCAACGCUGCGACUUUAGGACUGAAACCGGACGAUCUGAUGAGGUUCCUGAAGGAGACGGGACAUGAGCCCAUCCUGCACAGCUUUGAUUAGAUCUGUUGUAGGUCAAUGACAGGGAACGUGUUCGGGAUGUUUUUAUUGUACAAAUAACAGUACAUUAAUGUUUCCGAUUAAUCAGUGAGACAUCAAUAAAAAACACAAACAUGUCACCUUUA